AUGGCACCUCAACGCCAGCCUCUGCCACGCCAUGGCUCGUCUCAAAUGUCAGAUCUCGAUGUCCAGUCCGACAUGCAGUGCCCACCGACUCCUCUCCUCGAAGGUAGGCACAUGCUACGCCGCGAAAAGCCCCUCGACCUGGAGAAGUGUCAAGACAGCACCCGUUUCAGCAAAGAGGUUGAGGGAGGGAAGCAGAUAUACGCACUCUUCGGAGUUGAAUUCUUCCCUGACUCCAUUUCUUCUACGGAAAAGGACGACCUUGUUCGUGCCUCCAACAAGUAUCACGCUCUGCAGGUCGCAUUGUGGAUUUUUAUCUGGUUCGGCGGACCAGUCGUCAUCUCCAUCGUGGGCUGCCUUCCGAAGGAGUCACUCGCGGAACACGAAACAUUGAUCAAGAGCACCGUACUCGCUGUGGUCAUCGCUAUGAUCAUCGCGCUUCAUCAGCUUACGGUGCUGGCGGUUAAGACGGUGGUGCAGUGGGUCGGAGAUCCGACAGACCGAAUUUCUCGUGUUUGGUUGUGCUGUUACAGUCUGUUGACUCCGCUUAUUGCCAUCGCGAUGGCGGCGCGGCUGGGCGUGUCGGUGCAGGUGAGCAUCAAUGCGUAA